CACUAAUCCACGCGAACGCACUCACACUUCGCCGCGAAGGAUGCUUCUCUAGCAGAAGCUGCUCACUAUGAAGCCUGACACGGUAGCCCGAACAUGGAUCAUUGGGGCGACCCUUGGGCCGACAAUGCCAACGACAAGUCGCCGACAAAGAACGCGGUAACGUCACCGCUGCCGCCAGCAUUUACUUUCGCACCGGUGCCUCUGAACGGCUUUGUGGACGACGCGGGCUGGGGGAACAAUGACGAUGAUGGCUUCGGCGAUUGCGCGACUUCAGAUGCGGGCAAUGUGGCCUCGACUGGUGCAGUACCAACACCAGCUGGAGGUCAAGUCCCAGACAGUGCUGAUUGGGCGACCGUGACAUAUGAGGAAACGGAAGACGACCGCAAGAAGUGGCCGGAGCCGGCAUCGCGCACGUCUCAAGACUUGGCAAACGUCGACUCGGAACCCUCAGAUUCAUCGACGGUAUCUCAGCUUGACGAAGCUGUCAACGUAGACACCGCUGAAGAACCUGCGCCUCAGUUGCAGCCAGAAGCCGAAUCGUCUGUACGAUCAUCGACAUCGCCCUCCGAAACGAGUCGCAACGAAUUGCCCAUCGAGUCACCGCGGACUUCGAUAGAGGAUGAACGGGCCAUAAAGAAGGAAGACGUUCCUCACAAUGAGGCAUUCACCGUUCCUGCAGAAUCAGACGCCAUCGUUGCAGACGCCAGUCUAGAAGUUCAGACAGAAGAGGGAGUCACGGAUUCAAAAGAUGCAAGUGAUGUCGAGACGGUAGACGAGCUUGUCGCAGACAUAGGCGAUACGGAAGAGCCAUCCUCAAGGUCGUCGGACGAUCCAAGCGAGUCGGGUGUUGGGGGACAGCUAGAUUCGGCAUCCGAGGCUGCAACUACGGCAGGUGCAGUUCGACCACAUGCCCAGUCGGCCACGUUCGUCACGGAUGAAGCCCUCCUGGCUCAGUUGUUUCCCUUGGAACAAGAGUCGGGCAAGCAACUUGAUGCGCACGACGAUCCAAUCUACUCCACCUCUGCUCGCAAAGCCUGGUACAGGCUGACUCGGAAGCAAACGAUGCGUGAGUUCAACCACGGCGAUAACGACGACAACUAUGUUCGCGUGACAUGGACAAACUCACACGUCCGGGCUGAGGUCAACAAGGUGGUGGGUCGGUGGGCGCGAGAAGACCGCAUCUCGGGUACUGGUCCAGGCGCAAGAGCUUCGUUCUAUUGGGAUACACCGGCGCCUGCAGAACCCAGGGCACCUUCCAGUCAUCUGCGUACACAGUCUUCAGUUCCUGCGACGAAGACCGCCCUUCCUGCUAGACAGAGUUUGCCGCCAUUGGCUACGGACAAGCCUGCAGCAUUUGAUCGGGGUUCUCCAGCAUCUGCCGGGCCGUGGAAGUUGGAGAAUCCGGCACAACGAUCGACCUCCACACCCUUGGCGCUGAAGAAUCCUGCUGUGACCAUGAUUCAACGGCAGAAAGGUCGCGCCGUGUCGGUAGACCUUACGCCGCGCAGACCGGAACAGACGACACACAAGCGAACAGCAACAGUGUCCCACACAGCUCCUAAAACAAAGGCUGUAGCAAAUCUAAUCUCACCCCCUAUAUCACAAUCAUCUGCUGAGGUAUCAGACCCUUGGGCCAACUUCAACGACUUUGACAGUCAUUCGACUUCUACAGUUCAAGCUGCUGAUGAUACUCCUGUUGACGACGAUGAUGACUGGGGUGAGAUGGUACAGACACCUACGUUGCCAACCCCGCAGCAACUAGACCCGUUCUCACAGUCUUCAACAACCAACCACACUCUGUCAACACCACCGCCGCCCAAGCCGAGUCCGCCUGGGAAUAUCCCAGCUCAAGCUGAACCUGUCGAGCCGAUGUUUGCCUCUCCUAUUGCACGGCUGCAGAGCACCAUCUCGCCAACAUCAGCCCUGUUCAAGGCUAAUAGCUUUGUUCCAUUGCAUGCUGAGCAUGGUCCUAUCGGUCCAGGUAUCUUGAAACCAUCAAAUCGGUCUGUCCGCCCGACUCCAGACAAGAAGCUCAAGAUCGAUGUACCUAUUCCAUCGAGUGCAGAGAAGGUCGAUGUGGCUGCCGUAGCCAUAAGUGACAACGAGGGUGGCAGCAACGAUGAGUUUCCUACUAGGAAAGCACUGCAGCCCGUGUCGCUGCCUUUGAAAUCCGAAGAAGCCGGACAUGCCGUCCCAACAGUCUCGAAUCUGACGCCGACUGCACAACCAGCCACACCCAUCCAACCAUCUGCAGACUCAUGGGCAGAUGCCGACUUUUCGUUCUUCGAGUCUGCGUUGACGGUCACCGCAUCACAACCGUCCUCGCAGACGCAGGAUCCUUCUGAUCCAUUUUCUUUCUUCAAUACUCCGGUUCCGACAUCUACACCCCCUACGUCGAAGCUGUUUCCCGGGUCGCCUCCUCGUGACACUACACCCCCACCGUUGCCGCCUUUGACCAACGCCACCAGCUCGUUGCAGCGACGAAAAGCUGAAGAGGAUCAGAUGAUUAGCGACAUCUUGAGCGGGCUGCCGGAUCUCAGUUAUAUAUUGCGAUAAUGGCACGCCAAAACUUCGGACUACUGAACUAUCACUUGCAUACUGUACGGCGUUGGAACACAUUCAUAUCUAGAGUAGGUUAUUGACGUCGCAUCAUUCACGAGAGAACUAUAUAUGUACAUAAAAAUAUUCGCUAUUUUCAUCGACACCAUGUACAACACAACAGCCCGAGGCUCUUCGCUCGAAUUUCCUGACAAGGCAUUGUAGACUACCUUCCAUAGCUAACUUCAGG